AUGCGCAAGAAGCAGUUAAUGAUUUUCGAAGAUUUGACUAUAUUCGAACAACGAAUUUUAUGCCAUUCGUUACCAAAAACAUUUGAUGACAUUUCAAUCGCUACAUAUCAAAAUUUAUUUGGAAACGAAGCUAACAAAAUUAUGCAAGAAUUGAAACGUCGAAAACUUAAUGAUCAGCUGAAAAAUUAUGAAUUGAAACUUCAAAAUUACGAAAAUUUGUAUCAAACAGAAAUCAAUAUAUUUGAAUCUAAACUCAUACAAACAAGCGUAAACCAUCAACAUAUUCAAGCAGAUAUAUUGAUGACUUUAUUGAAAUGCUAUUUGAGUCAUUACACCAAUCGAUUAAUACGUCAAAUUCGUUACAAAGAAGCAUGUGUCCAUGUAAAAUUGGUACGUCAGCAACGUCGUCAUUUAUUAUCGAAACAGCAAAUAGUCGAUGUUUAUCCACAAAUCAUUGCCGAUGUUCCUAAAAUAUCAUUGAAUCGAAUUCAAUUAGACUACCUUUCCAAAAGUGGGCCUAAUUAUAUCAGAUCAAAUCAAAGUUCGCUUCAUUCUUAUAAACAUCAAGAAAAACAUGUACAACAAGAACAUAAGAACAUUAUGAAUGUGAUAACUCGUUAUCUUAUCUGUGAGCAUCAUAUUCCACUAACAGCAACGAUUAUCAGAGAAUUUUCUCAACAAUUGGAAGCAAGUCUACAUCAACAAUAUAUGAUUCCAUUAUCUUAUCUAAACAUAUCUCGAACACGAAAAGAAUUAAAACUAAUGAAGUCGAUUCAACAUAGACUAAAGAAAGGAAACUAUAAUCUUCGUGUGACAGAUAAAAGUGGAGUUUUUCAUAUUGGCAAUUCAGUUGAUUAUGAAAAGAAAGCAGAAGCUUAUCGACAAAAAACUGGCACUUAUAUUGAAUUAGAUUCUAAUCCGUUAUGGAGUGUAUUUGAUAAAGUUAUUUUUUUCCUCAAUCAUCUUCGUUCAAAAAAAUAUAUUCUGUCAUGGCAACUAGAUAAAAUGAUGCCGAAGCGAGAAAAAAUUCAGUUAGCUUAUUUAUAUUUCAUUCCAAAAUCUCACAAGGCAGGAACACCAUUGAGGCCUAUUGUAUCAUCAAUGAAUAUGCCAACGACGGGAAUUUCAAAAAGCGUANGAACACCAUUGAGGCCUAUUGUAUCAUCAAUGAAUAUGCCAACGACAGGAAUUUCAAAGUUUCUGGAUAAAAUAAUCCGUCCAAUAUUUGAUAAGCAUGCACGUUCAACCACAAUUAUUGAUGGAGUUGAUUUGAUUCAUCGUUUAGAAGCAUACACAACAAAUGGGUAUCUCAAACCUAAAACUUAUUUGUGCACGUUUGAUAUUACAGAUUUAUAUACGAUGUUACCACAAGAACAAUCACUUGAUAUUCUAAUUGAAUUUCUCGCUCAACAUGGCUAUCAAAAAGUUCAAAAUAUUCCAAUCGACAUUAUUCGAAAGUUAGCUAUUAUCGUCAUUAAGGAAAACGUUUUUGUUUAA